AUGGGCGUUUUCCGUAUGCAUUGGAUGAUUGCUAAUCUGAAACAGAUGAUGAAAAUGCACAAGAAAAACCAACGAGAUGUUCCCAAAGGACACUUGGCUGUGUAUGUUGGUGAAACCCAAAAGAAGCGGUUUGUUGUGCCUUUGUCUUACUUGGACCAACCCUUGUUCCAAGAUUUGUUACGUAGGUCAGAAGAAGAAUAUGGAUUCUACCAUCCAAUGGGAGGACUUACUAUUCCCUGCCAUGAAGAAACAUUUGUCUACCUUUCUGCUCAACUGCAUGUUUUGUAG